CUAUUUUGAAAAAAACCUCAACAAAAAACGGAAGUAGUUUACUUUUCGCGCAUGCGCAAACUGAUCGCGCAGCGCAAAGACUUUGGAGCGGACCAAGAUGGCGGACUCAGCGGCUGUGGCUUUCCGGUUGAGUUGGGAGCAAUGGAGUGAAGAUUGAAGACGUGAUAGAAGAUGGACGACUACUGCUAUGCUAAGAUGGCGACGUCAUGUAAAAGAGAACAUGAAAGAGAAUCUUCCAGCAAAUCACCAACGGAGAUAAAGACCAAAACUGCAGAUAAAGGCGUCCAGCAGCUGUUUGGUCAUCCAGAAGAACUUCCCCCUAAGUCAGGGGGGAGCUCCACAUUGAAGCAAGAGGAUCCACAGCCCCCCCACAUUAAAGAUGAAGAGGAGGAAGUUCGGAUCACUCAGGAGGGAGAGUGUCUUCUAAGACCAGAGGAAGCUGAUUACACCAAGUUGCCACUGAGUAUUCUCUCUGUGAAGACCGAAGAUGAUGAAGAGAAACCACAACCAGACAACCUAAAAGCUCCACUGUCAGACAGAGAGGCUGAAGACAAGGUUGAAGAUCCUUCAAGCAGCGAUACAGACUGUGGAGACAUCAAGCAGCUGAUUGGUCAUCCAGAAGCACCUCCACUUCAGCCGCAGGGAGGGAGAUGCACUUUGAAGCAGGAGGAUCUGCAACCCCCACACUUUAAAGAGGAAGACGAAGAACUUUGGGUCACUCAAGAGGGAGAGUGUCUUCUAGGGCCGAAGGAAACUGAUAUUACCAACAUUCCGCAGACUGUUGUCACUGUAAAGACUGAAGACGAUGAAGAGAAACCACAACCACACAACGGGGUUGAAGUGACUUUGAGCAGCGAUACGGACUAUGAAGUUUCUUCAAAAGAGCCACCCUUUGCUCUGAUUACUGCUUUGCACACUCUUGGCAUUCUCUCCAUGAGCGUCAAGCACACCUGUGAAAUGAAAACCAUUUCAGACGUCCAGCAGCUGAUUGGUCAUCCAGAAGUAAUUCCCCUUCAGCCGGAGAGUGGGAGCUCCACUUUGAAGCAGGAGGAUCCACGCUCCACACACAUUAAAGAGGAAGAGGGGGAACUCUGGAUCACUCAGGAGGAAGAGUGUCUUCUCGGGCCGGAUGAAGCUGAUCUCACCAAGUUGCCACUGACUGUUGUCUCUGUGAAGACUGAAGAUGAGGAAGAGAAACCACAACCAGACAACAUCUUAUCUCCACCAUCAGAUAGUGAGGCUGAAGACGAGGUUGAAGUAACUUUGAGCAGCGAUACAGACUGUGAAGGUGAAAUGAGGACUCACACUGACAACAAACAUGCUAUAAGCUCUAAAAGGGUAAGCGGUAAAACGCGUUUUAGCUGCUCAGUUUGUGCGAAAAGCUUUUCUCGUAGGAGCAAUUUUACUCAACACAUGAGAACGCACACAGGGGAAAAACCAUUUAGUUGUUCAAUUUGCGGUAAACGCUUUUCUCAAAAGAGCCAUUUACCUGAACACAUGACAACGCACACUGGAGAAAAAAUAUUUCAUUGUUCAGCUUGUGGUAAAAGAUUUUCUAAUAAGAGAGGUUUGACUGAACACAUAAGAACGCACACGGGAGAAAAACCUUUCAAUUGUUUAGUUUGUAAUAAAAGUUUCUCUCAAAGGAGCAAUUUGACCCAACACAACAGAACACACACAGGAGAAAAACCAUUCAAUUGUUUUGAUUGCGGUAAAAGCUUUUCGCAAAAGAGCAAUUUGACAGAACACAUGAAAGUACACACAGGAGUAAAACCUUUUAAUUGUUCGGUUUGUGAUAAAACAUUUUCACUCAAGCAUCAUAUGAUUGAACACAUGACAACACAUACAAGAGUAAAACCAUUUAAUUGUUCAGUGUGUGGCAAAAGCUUUUCUCAAAAAAGCAAUCUGACCAAACACAUUAGGACACACACAGGAUAAAAAGAUGAAAAAACUAUGUUUCAGUAUGUGAUAAAAAAGAAAAUUUGACUCACCACAUAAUGAAACAGAAAAAACCUUCCAGUUGGUCAAUUUUCAGCUGAAGCUUCUCUCUAAAAGGCUUGAUGUAGGGUUGCAUGGUGUACCGGUACGAAUAAAGUACCAGGGUACUAAUGAGCUAACAACGGUACCAUACAGUCUUUGAAAAAUACCGGUACAUUUUUUCUCCCCACCUGAAUGCUGCCGUGCGGCUGUGAAGUCCAGAGACAAGGUGCAUGUUGUUGACUGUCAAAAAUGCACACACAAAGCGCAUACAAGCAGAAACUGUGUGGAGAGGAAGAAUGCCAAAAAAAACAACUUACAUUCUACUGGGCAUUAGAGGAUACGCGAAGUGCAAUAUGGAGGUAUCUGUGCUUCAAAUUGAAGGAUAAAGCUGGCGCUUUAGACACGGAAGCUGCUGCUUUAAGACCUGCCUCGCCAAAGGAGGCAAUACAAUAUUGCCACUUUAACUCCAAACUUAGUUAAACAUUUAAAAAAAGAAACAUUCAGACCUGCUCAAGAGCAAAGAGUGACAGGUAGUGUGUGCACAUUUAGAUACGUAGACAGAAACACAGCUGGUGAGCUUGUUGACAAUUAUUAGCGUAAACUCAUGCAAGUGAAAUGACUGAAUUGUGUAACACAUUCCUACAAUUUGUGUUUUAUCUGAAACAAUGUGUGUUUCACCUGCUACAUGCUUGAUCUGUGUACAUUUAGCCAUAGAGUUGUCUUUAGUAUUUACUAAUGAUUUUGUUUGUCCUAAAGCACAGACCAAGAGUGGCAACCAUAAGUUCUGAAGCAUUUAAAAUAUUGUCAAUAAAACUUUC